CUCCGCACCUUGCUGUCAGCUCACGUGGUAUGAGCUGUUUCUUAUCCUAAAUAAUCAUCCCAACAUCAGCCUCCAGUAUUCUACAUUAAAACCCAGUAACUGUCAGCGACGUAAAUCUCAGACUCAGUCAGUAAAAAUGGCAGAGCAGAAGAGCAAAAAGGACGGACCUAUCGGCGUCUCUCAGUACGACAUCCGGGAACUCACCAGCUCGGAGGACGAUAUCCAACAAGCAUGGAAGCUAUGGCAUGCAAUCUUCCCGGACUGGCCUAUCGAUCAAGAUCGGUUCCCAGGGCUUCUGGUUGGAAUAAAGGGUCAGCAUUGGAUUCACGAGCAUGGCUUUUGCCUAUCCUACUAUUCUAAAAGUGGAAGCCUCGGGCAUGUCGCAGCCAUCGGUGUUCUACCUGAGUACCGUCGUCAAGGUCUCGGUAAUGCACUUCUCGAGAAAGGAAAGACGGGUUUGAAAGAUGCGGCCAAGAAGGCAGGUCAGAAAUUGAACUCUCUAGCGAUGGGGUCCAUCUUUCCAAGAUUCUGGUACCAAGUGCCAGCUAGUAUUUCACUUGAGGCGAAACAAUUCCUUACUUAUAGAGGCAAUUAUACUGAAACCAUAACUACUCGUGAUCUCUACAAGGACAUAGAAGGGGAAAUUGCCCCACCGGAAGUAAUGGAGCGUGUCUCAAAGGCAAGCGUCAAGUUCACUCCUUGGUCGCCAGAACUGUACGAAGAAUGUAUGACCAAACAAAAUGAGCUAUUCACCUGGGGCGGCAUCUACGAAGCCCUCGCAGCUCGAGGCCAACAUCACGAAGUAAUGGUCGCCAUUGACCCGGAUACCAACAAACAAAUUGGCUGGACUCUCAUGUGCUCUUUCGGAUCUUCAGCCGGCGAUGUCUUUGCAUUUCUUCCUCUCCUUCCUUCUGGAGAAAAGACUGGUCUCAUUGCUGCGGUUGGAGUGGAUGAGGCAGCAAGAGGGAAAGGUGUUGGAUUAGCACUUGUUGUCAAAGCGAUGGAGAAUCUGAAAGAGAGGGGUAUGCAGGGAAUUCUAAUUGAUGCUGUUGCUAUACGGGGGUUCUAUGAGAAACUGGGCUUUGAAGCGCGAUGGGAGUAUGAGGCGUGUAGUUUUGAUACGGCUGUGUCAGAUGCUGAGACCUGAUUUAUAUCCGGAGAAUCAAGUUGAAGACAAACCAACUCUUAGAGACGAAUUUCAAGCAUGCCAAAAAUCCUUUUCUGUUUCUAGAACUGAGCUCCUGUAGCUCGAUACUGAGUUGGUGCUGUCGUUGGGCGCUAAUGUUAUUUCAGGGGUCCUAGUAAGCUAGUUGGCUUAGCAAGCUAUAGUGUGUUGCUUCUUGACUAGUAUUACUAAGUUCUUUGUGCUAAUAUAAGCUCUCACCCACAAGUCUCAACUGCAAAUAACACAUCCGGCUAACAACUUAGAUAUUAUACUACAAUGUCUAACCAAUUGC